UCUUCACUCCAAGUCUCCAACUCACUCACAAAAAAAAAAGAGAAAUCCAUUGCUACCAAAACAGAAAAGCAAUUCGAAUUCCGUCUUCACCUUGCCGAGAAUCUUCCGGAAACAAAUCCCAAAAAUGAAUCACCUGAACAGAGUUUGGAUGGCCGCCACCGUCGCCGUCGUACAGGCCCCCCACGCCGACCAGGGAACCAAAUGGAAAUCAGGCCUCCAGUCCCUCCACCACGGAAAGAGGCGCUUCUUCUCCGGAUCCGGCGAUGCCGCAGAUCUCCGCCCGCUUUCCAGCGCGGUCGUAUCCGAUCGGGCCGGAGUCGCGGGAAGCCGCGACGCGGACGAGAGCGUGAGGCAGAGCGACGAGUCAAUCAGACGAGUCAUGUACCUCAACUGCUGGGGCCAGGGGUGAAAAAGUCCGUUGCUGGAGGCGGCAGGGAGUUCCCGGCCGGAUGUGGAUCAAGACAGACUAUAUGUCGCCGCCGGGGCUUCAGUACCUAAUUUGAGUUGUGAGCUCAAAUAGAUCCGACGACGGCGACUCGAAGGAGGCGUUGACCCCAACUCGGAAAGUGAGUCGGCGACUCGCCGAGGGGUUGUGGAUGCGAAAAUUGUACAGGCUGAUAGAUCGAGUUGGUUCUGAAGUGUGUAUAUACUGAAUCAAGCUUUAGUAAAAAAGUUUUCGGGCAUUUCUCAUUUCAUCUUGGGAUUUGCCUUCGUAUGAUUCUUAUGCUUUUGAUCCGGAAUACGUUUUGCGAUCACAAUUCAAGAUUCGUCAGCUCAAAAAGCUCACGAGCCUUCCAUGGCUAGCAAAAAGAUACCCAGAGAACUGUGAAGCUCACAAGUUAUAACCCGAACAGCUUUUGGCCUUUUACUGAUUGCAACUUAAAGCAAGGAUAGCAAAGAACACAAACUACCAACAUCUGAUCUAUUUACGAGGACGGACAACGGAGCCGGAGUACUUCCAACUCGCUUGGGUUUUGGUUAUGUCCUAUCCUUACCUUACGCGCCGCUGUAAACAGGCAUCGGCGUUGAAUUUUCUGGAAGGUGUUGCUCGCAUGAAAAACUGUUUGUUGACCCGGUGAAGAUGAUUGAUUGGUAGCUGAUCAAGGCAGGAAGCUCGGGAUUAGUGUCAAAGUGAAAAUCAAAACAAAAUCCAAACAUACUAUUCUUUUGGGGGGUUUUUUUUAUUAUUAUUAUUUUUUUUUAGUGAAGCCGAUUGAGAAUUUAGACGACAGAAGUGUAGCGAUGGCAAGGAGACUGGAAGGGUGGGUAGAGGGUAGUGGCCGGUGGGUAUCCAAUACUCAUAUUCCUAUAUCAAAUACAAAUUAUAAUAAAAUAAAUAAAAAAAU